UGCAAACUCGUCGUAACCGGCUCCAGGACCCGGGAAAGCCUUAGCAAACUCUAGUUUGUCUAAAAGCUCGUCAACAAAGAAAGAAGAAAUAAAAAGUUUCCUCUGACUGGAAGCCAUGAAGUUCUGUCUCACCGCAUCGUCUAAGAAUUUGAGAAGAAUGAGUCAAGAAUCGACCCAUGGUCAGUACGUUCCGGAGCCGGAGCACGUGAGCGUGCACACGGUGAACACCGACGGUUCGAGUUUCACGCCUCCAGGUGACGGAGGGCAGCAGCAGAAUCAACCUGAGCCAGCGGGACAGCCACCAGCUGUACCACCGCCAGUCGUACCACCUCCAGUGAUGCCACCGUUGGCGAUACCGCAGGUGGCCUACGAGCAGAUGUUCCCGGCCAUGAUGGCCCAUUAUAUGCAGCACAUGGCGCAGCUUAUGCCCAUGUUCCAGCCGCCGCCACCACAGCCGCAGCCGCGCAUCGUUACCUUCAAGACGUUGAAGGAUAAUGGAGCGGAAGAGUUUCGAGGAGACCAGAUGGGGGAGCCCCAGAUUACGUUGGAUUGGCUUGAGCAGAUGGAUCGGGUACUCAAGAAUUUGAGAGUCCCUGAUGCAGAUCGCUCGGAGUUGGCGUCACAGAUGUUCCGGAAGGGAGCAUAUGAUUGGUGGAAGCGCAUUGACCAGGAUCCACACACGCCCAAGCCAUGGACCUGGGAUCGCUUUGAUCGAGCCUUCACGAAGGAGUACAUCCCCACCCGGUACCGCGAGGAGAGGCGCAAUGAGUUCGUUGCGCUUAAGCAGGAGGCGAUGUCACUGCCUGAAUUGAGACAGAAGUUCGACUACCUGUCCCAGUAUGCGACGAGUCUAGUCUCCACUCCGGAGGAUCGUUUGAAUGAGUUCGUCAAGAAGCUACGGCCGGACUUGAGGUCGUACGCCGCGCUGAUCACGACGACAGAUUUUAAUGCGGCGUACGAUUUGAUUGUGAAGACGGAAAAGAGCUUGGACGAUUUGCAGGCGACCAAGAAGGAGGAUCGAGCGACGAAAGACCCGCGACCCGGGGCCAGCACCGGGCCGAGCGGGAUGAGUUUUGGAUUCGGGGGAAAGAGGUGUCCGUUGUCCGUGCAAGGGAAGCAAUUCCCUGCAGAUUUGAUAGAGCUACCACACAAGGAGUUUGACAUUAUCCUUAGUAUGGAUUGGCUCACCGAGCAUAGAGCAGUGGUCGACUGCAGUUGUCGGACCGUACGGCUAAGAGCCGAGGACGGUAGCGACGUAUCACUCUCCGGGGAGGUGUUCCCCAAGGCUCCCGAGUUCAUACCGUCCUUGAGCGCGAGGCGCUUGAUUCGCAAGAAGUGCGAGAUGUUCCUGUGUCACGUUCAGGAUAUGCGAAAAGAAUCACCACGUCAGCAGGACAUUCGUACGGUUUGCGACUUCCCCAAUGUCUUUCCCGAAGACCUUCCUGGUUUGCCUCCGCCGAGAGAGGUAGAGUUCUCGAUCAAUCUCAUUCCGG